AUGGGGCUGCCCUCGGACGCGGACACGGACGUGUCGGACACGGACGCGGCCGCAACCGUGCCGCCGCCGCCGCCGUCGCUGUCGCUGGGCACCUGCGGCCUGAAGGUCACGCACGCCAUCGGCGUCUGCCAGUUCGUCUUCGUGCGCUACGCGCACGAGCUCGUGCGGAUCGUGGUGACGUCGGGCGGAUGCUACCCCGGGGUUUGUUUAGCGUCGGGCGUCGAGCCGUUCGCGUGGUUCGAGCGGGACUACGGGCCCUACUGCCUCGGCCGCUGGAACGCGCGCGCGCUCGGCCUGUUCUGGGACGACGAGCGGUGCCUCCGGGACUUGUUUCGGCGCCUGCCGCCGGACCCGGCGCUCGUGGCGGCGCGGUCCCGCCUCGUCGUCGCGGUGACGCCGUGUCCCUUCGGCUGGAACCGGUGGCUCGCGUCGCUCGUCGUCGGCGUCCUCCGCGCGCUGCGCGCCGUCACGGCGCGCGUCGCGCGGAUCUUCGGCGUCGUGGACGCCAGCGACGCGCUCCCGCCGGCGCUCGCGGCGCUCACGGCGCCGUCGGGCGCCGGCGUGCGCCUCGUCGACGGCUUCGCGUCCAUGGACGAGCUCCUCGACGCGGCCAUGUGCUCCAUGCACAUCCCGCCGCUCUUCCGGAACCCGACGCCGCGCAUGCGACGGUGCCUCGACGGCGGCUUCGGCGGCGGCUCCGGCGCGCCGCGGCUCGACGCGCGCACGGUCACGGUCCAGCCCGACGCGGCCGCGGACGUGCCCUCCGACGCGGCGGCCUCCUGGGUCGACGCGCUGACGCUCGCGCAGCUCCGGCCCCAGCGCACGCUCGACGUCGCGCGCGCGGAGUGCGCCGCGGGCUUCGAGGCCGCGCGGCGCCGGGACGCGCUCUUCGUGAGCCGGGGCUUCGCGCCGCGGCCCGGCGCGGACGCGGCCAAGGUCGCCAACCCCUGGGCGCCGUUCCUCUAG